AAAAACAGGAAAUGACGCACACCCUCUUCAGAGUGUCAGUGAGUUUUUUUUUUGUUUUGUUCCGGGAAUCAGUGAGUUGGCUGAGGACUUCUUUUGGGGGCAAGAAGAAGCUUGUCUGGAUCUGAACUGUUGCUGUGCUAAAGUUUCAGCAAGUGGAGCAGCUCAGAAGAUCCCAGGAACAUCUGGACGUGGAACAUGGCUUCUUCUAAUGUGGCUUCUUCCUACACCUCGGGAAAUAUGAUGGUGGUCACCCACGUGCUCCCAGUGGGUCCCAGCGGGGCGCAGCAGCCACCGCUGCAAAGACACAAGUUCAGGAAGGGACAUCCCGAGGCGCUCGGGACUGUUCAGAUCAUUAUUGGGGCAUUGACGCUGCUGUUUGGGAUCGCGACGGCUGUCCACCAACCUUCACUGGGAGUUUUCAGUGGGAUCUUUGUUUGGGGAGCUUUGAUCUACAUCGCCUCUGGAUCUGUGACGGUGGCUGCUGAGAAGUAUUUGAGUCGUUGCCUGAUCAACUCUUCUCUUGUGCUCAACAUCAUAGCAGCAGUUGUUGCUGGAAUUGGUGUCAUCCUCUUUGCGCUGGAUCCCGCAGUCUUCUUCCACUACCCCUACAGUUAUGAUUACUAUGGUGGCUACUCGGUCGCGGUGGCUGUGUUCCAGUUCCUGGAGCUCAUUGUUUCAAUCAUCGUGGCAGCAUACGCCUGUAAUGCAACCUGCUGCUGCAGAGAGCAGCCACAAGUCGUUGUUCAAGCUGCAGAAGGUCCGGUCACCUCUCAGGCUCCGCCCCAUUUCCAAGCAGCAUCUGUUGCCCCAGCUCAGCCAAACCCUCAGGUGGAGCCCAGCUUUAAAAACCCAUUGUAUCUGGAUUCUGCUGAGCCUCCAGCUUAUCAACCAAACUGACCCACACACAUUGAACCUGAUCAUUGCAAAGCUGCAGCUUGAGCUUGUCUUUCUUUUUCUGUAACCUUAAAAUAUAUCAAUGAGACAUGAGAGACUUUCAUGGAAUGAAUUUGAAGGAGCCUCAUGGUGGUAGACGUGGAUUCUGCUUCUGACUUUUAUGAAGCAGGGAGGAGAGAUUAAGGGAGAAUGUAUCAGAAUGGUAAAUGGACUGCACUUAUAUAGCGCUUUUCACCCUGCACUGACAGAGCACAAAGCGCUUUACACUGCAAUAUCACAUUCACCCAUUCAUACUACAGUGGAGGCAGCUGCCAUGCAAGGCACUCAGUCUCAGGUUCAGUGUCUUACCCAAGGACACUUCGACAUGAAGACAGGGGAAGACAGGAAUUGAACUAACAACCUUCCAAUUGGGAGACAACUGCGCUCCCCACUGAACCACAGCCGCCCCGGAAGGUUAAUAUAUGAGUACAAGCUGCAGAGUGAUGUAUCAUUACUGAAAUAUUAUGUGUCAGAUAAUACAUUGAAAAUCAGUGUGCAAAGUGGAUUUGGUUUGAUGUUAUUCUAUGAAAUUAAAACGCUUCAGUAACCCUC